AUGAUGACUUCCCAGAUCUCUCAAAAUGGCUAUCACUGGAUCUCAAAAGCCAUCGACUCACUCGACCCAGAGGUCGACUACGAACUCAUCUGGCGGCUUACCUCGAGCUAUCAUCUCUCAGACUUUGCAAACUACCUGGUCUACUCGCUGACAUUCCCCAACUUCAUCGUGACCACGAACGGCGCCGAAGUGGUCUGGCGCUCGGACGGCGGCAAGGUGGUCCACAAGGCCGCCGACCGCAUCGAGAAGACAGAGACGUAUAACAUGACCUGGUGGUAUUACGGUCCAAGCGAUCGGCGGUGUCAGGCCGCCGUCGAGCGCAUCAACCAGCUUCACGCGGGCCUCGCCCGCCAGUACCCCGGGAGGUUCUCCCAUAAUGAAGACUACAUCUACACCCUGGCCUUCAGCGCGAUCCUGAUGCACCGGCUGCGGCUGCGGCUGGGCCUUUCGAGCUUCGGCGAGAAGCAGAGGAUCGCGGCCCACCACUUCUGGCGGGAAAUGGCGCCACUGUUCAGGGUCGAGGGCCGGGGCAUGGUGGAGGACUUCCCAGACAGCUUUGAGGGGUGCAUGGCCUUCUGCGAGGCGUACGAGAACACGCCUCGAGAGUACGACGAGCGGGCGCGGUACAUCGGUAUCUCUAUCUUCAACCUCUUCGCGUACCGGUACUUUCCCCCAGGCCUGCGAUGGCUCGGCUUCGAGUUCCCUCGCGCGCUGUCGCUGCCGACGACGCUGCGUGCGUUCCGCAUGGAGCCUACCCACCCGGUACUUGCGGCCGUCAUCGUGUUCAUCGUAAGGACGGUUUUUCUCGUAACGGAGGCUCUUAUGCCUGAUCCUAAGCUAUCAUUCAUUGAGACGCUGAAUACCUUGCCAGAGGCGGCGGCGAAUAAACGGAAGGAGGACAUCAGGGCACUGGAUAAGUCAUAUGAACAAUUCGUUAAGACUCAGCUGAGCGGGCCGGGCUGCCCUUUCAGUGCAAAGGCGCAAUGA